AUGGACGGCUUAUACAACCUGAGGAACGAGAGCGGUACCAUGCCAAAGGACAACCACAAACAACAGAGGGCAGCGGAAAAAUUGCUAGGGCAAAGGAUAUUCCGCGAAGCGGAGGAAGAUGAAGGCCACGACCAUUUGAAGGACGAUUGGGGUCAACAUAGGGAUAGUCAACCUGCAUAUAAUAAAAUAUGGGCAUAUAUUGCAAACCUGGUGGAGCUGUAA